AUGCAUAUAAAUGACUGGAACAAUGGGUCAGAUAAGCAACAUAUAGCUCUAAAGGCAGGCUUUGUUCUUCUAGCGGUAGGGCUACAAAAACCAAGUCAGAAAUCUAAAGCAAAAGAGCACAAAGAAUGUUUAAUGAAGCGGUUGGCUUUGUGGAAGGAGGAAGAAAUAGACAAGCUUGUACGAGAAGGACAAAUGAUCCAACGUCGCCUUAUAAAGUUUCAGAAAGCUGAUACACCAAACAAAGCAAAAAUCUUUGCAAAACUCAUCAUGGAAGGUCAAAUAAACUCGGCUUUGCGUUACCUUAGCGAGGAUGAUUGUAAGGGUGUGUUACCAUUAACAGAUGAUGUUAUGAUGCAACUUCAAGAAAAACAUCCAAAACCACAAGAAGCAAAGUUAGGAUCACUACUAUUCGGACCAAUUGAAGAUGUCCCAGACUCUAUAUACCAACAAAUCAAUGGAGAAAUGAUCAGAGAAGCUGCUUUGAGAACCAAGGGAUCAGGCGGCCCCUCGGGCGUGGAUGCCCUUGGCUUUAAGAGAAUUCUUGCCUGUAAGUCAUUCAAAAAAUCAAGCACAAACCUGUGUGAUGCCCUAGCUACCUUGACUAGGAGAUUAUGUACAGAGUGUAGUGACCCUCAUACUAUUGAGCCAUUACUAGCAAGUCGGYUGAUCCCAUUAGACAAAGGUGGKGGUGCAGUUCGACCGAUUGGUGUCGGAGAAGUGAUCAGAAGAAUAAUCGGGAAGUGCGUGAUGAAGGUGUUAAAACAGGAUGUCAUCGAUGCCAGUGGUUCACUCCAGGUCUGCGCAGGUCAUAAAUGCGGAAGUGAAGCAGCGAUUCACGCAAUGCAUAAUAUAUUCGAAGCUGAUGAUACAGAUGCUAUAUUGCUCAUUGACGCUUCGAACGCGUUCAAUGCCUUGAAUAGAGCUGCUGCUCUGCACAAUAUCAGAGUACUCUGUCCCACCAUAGCAACCUACGCAAUAAACACAUACAGAGAACCAGCGCGACUUUUCAUCACGGGAGGAAGAGAAUUGAAAUCAGCAGAAGGUACCACGCAAGGUGACCCUCUGGCCAUGGGCCUCUACGCAAUCAGCCUUCAGCCGUUGAUCAUGCAUCUAAAUAUCUCUAGCUCUGCGCAGCAAUGUUGGUUUGCUGAUGAUGCGAGUGGAGCUGGGUCUCUAGAGGAAUUAAAAAAGUGGUGGGAUGCAUUGAAUGAGGCUGGACCAGACUUAGGAUACUAUCCUAAUGCAAAGAAAUGCUGGCUGAUCAUUAAACCAGAGAAAGAAGAAACCGCCAGAKAUGUCUUUGAUGGAACAUCAAUCAACGUCACCACGCAAGGACACCAACAUCUAGGGGCUGUGCUUGGUUCAAGAACAUAUCUUGAAGAAUACGUGAAUGGAAAAGUGGAAGRCUGGAUAAGUCAAAUAACAAGGUUAGCAGAGUUUGCUAAAUCACAACCCCAAGCCUGCUACGUAGGGUUCACCUUUGGUCUAAGACAUCGAUGGACAUACUACCUCAGAACACUACCAGAUAUUGAAGAUCUACUAGAACCACUAGAGCGUGCUGUAGCGGAUGUGUUAAUACCAUCAAUUACAGAACACAAUUGCACACCGAUCGAGCGAGAUAUCCUGGCAUUGCCAGUGCGGAUGGGGGGACUUGGAUUUACAAACCCAAAUUCUUAG